AUGCGCUCCUACCUGGUUACCGGAUGUUCUCGAGGAAUCGGGCUAGAGCUUACACGUCAACUAGUCAAUUCGAAGGACGAUACUAUCAUCUUUGCAACUGCUCGGUCCUGCAAUAACCCAAAAUUCCAGGAACUGCUAGGUCAACACCAGGAGCGCAUUGUAUAUGUGCCCCUUGAUGUGACGGAUCAAGUCAGCAUCAAGAAUGCGGUAGAUAUUGUCACAUCAAAGCUAGAUGGCAGAGGAUUGGAUGUACUCAUCAACAACGCUGGUGUGAUGAGUUAUGGACCGAUUGAAGAGAUGGAUGAUUUGGAAGAUGUGUUCCGCACUAAUGUCCAAGGGGUGCACAACCUUACACGGGCAGUCUUGCCCCUGAUGAGAAAGGGAACGGAGAAGAAGAAGAUCCUUAACAUCUCUACAACGCUUGGCUCGAUCUCAAAAGAAGCGGUCAAUCGCCAUGUGGCAACCCCUUCGUAUAAGAUUACAAAGGCCGCUUUAAAUAUGCUUACGGUUAUCUACGCCAAUGAAUUGGAGAAGGAAGGAUUCACAGUGUUCUGUGUCAGCCCUGGGUGGUUGAAAACCGACCUGGGAAGCGAGGAAGCUGAUCUUCCCGUUGAUGUUGGUGUUACAUCUGUACUGAAUAUCCUUCACGGAUUUGGCCGGGACGGGAAUGGUCUGUUUCUCAAUAUCCAUGUCCCCGGGUGGGAGAAUGCGCCAGGCAUGAAUCAGUACGAUGGAAAGGAGGUACCGUGGUAG